UCCGCUUUGGCAUGGGGCUUUCAGAGACGCCAGCAAGGACAGAAGGUUAGCUUUUUGCUACUCAGCCUCUCUGAGCCCUCAGGUUUUCACCCCAGCCUUUGAAUUUCAAGUCUUAUUUAUAAAUAGAACGAUAAAGAUUUAAUUAAAACUACCUUUAACAUUAGCAACAAAGCCGGUGCCUGCAGGAACAGAAUGCCCACCAGGCUGCUGCUAGAGAAGCAGGCCGGGAACUGCAGAGUUGCUAUUGCUGGCUGCAGUAACAGUAGAUUAGGGCCCAGCCACCGUGCCGAAGAUAAAACAGCAGAGUGUCCCAAGGUCUGUCACUCUGCACAUUGUCUGGCUUUGUAGUUGUUUCCAGCUACAGGAGGAGGAAGUUUCUUUAAUGAUGGCUGAGCAAGACAUUGAUAUGAAUGCUUGGCCAGAGUGGCCAGCCCGUUUCCCAGGGAGUGCCUCCUGGAUUUGGCAGCUGAGACAAAGGGAUGCUUCAUGUAGAAGAUCUGAUGACCCACUGUGAAUGGGAGCAGAGGAAGGGGAAGACACCACAGGAUUUCUCCGUGUUGAUUUUAAGACCUUAUAUUAUUCAUGUCUUUGAAAGGAAGAAAUAAAACUCUGGGGAAAGUUCCUCACGAAGCUUGGAGUUUUAACACCUGCCUUUCAUCUUCCAGAGUACCAGGUCUCCCUUAUUAGCUGGGGGGUCCCAACAAGCGCCUCUCGCCUUCCCCCUACCCCACUCCAGUCUCGUUGCUAUGGAGACAGACCUUGCUUCGCCAAGGCUUUGCGGGGCUCGAGAAGCUGGCUGGCCAACCUCUGCAACAGGCUGUGGGCGGAAAGGAGGAGCCAGAGAAAGUGGCGUCUGGCCAGAGAGGCCCAAGACCCGCAGAGGCCCCCUGCUCUGCUGGCUCCGCCCCUGCCACCCCACUCACGCUGGAUGUAGAAAUACUGCCGUAGUCCCAGCCACCGCCCACUGCACUGGGACCCUGUAGGGACUUCGCCUCCCAGUCUCAGCAGCUGACCCACCUGCCCCUGCUCUGCGCCGAUGGCUAAAGGUCCCUUUCAGCGCAAGCCCUGGGGUCCAGAACAGAUGUAUUUCGACUCUGACCCUGAGUCGGAGGGCCUGUUCGAUAAGCCGCCCCCGGAGGAGAGCUACACUACCCGCGCACUCAAGUCGGCGUCCUCGGCUGGCAGGAAAUCUGGUCGGCGCGCGGGCGGGAGGGCCGCCGGGACCCGCGCUGGGCAGUCCCGGAAGGCCGCCGUGCGCCCCGAGCUGGAGGAAGAGGAGCCUCUGGUGGAAGAGGGCUGCUACCUCGACCACUUCCCGCACCUCUCCAUCUUCAUCUACGCGGCCAUCGCCUUCUCCAUCACUUCCUGCAUUUUCACCUAUAUCCAUUUGCAGCUUGCCUAAGCGGACUGGGUCAGACCGGGUGGCCGCCGAGUAGGGGUGGGGGGUGGUUGGAGUAGGGGAACACGCAGCCUUUUGUUUUGGAGAUGCGCUGCACCCCUUCCAUCUAGCCUUUGAUACUUUUCUUUGUUGUUGCUUUGUCUAACUGUUCAUCAGAAGGUCCAAAGUCGCUGCCGGCAAUGAUUUAACCGUGUUGCUUACACUCACGCACUGAGUGCAAUUAGUCUCUAAUGUUUACGAUCCCGGAUUGGAUUGAACCCCAUUUGUAAUUAAGAUGAUGUCUCUGUAUCCUACCACUAGUGACGUGAGGGCCCAGUGUUUUUGUGUUUGUAGAGCGAAGAAUGAGUCCAGCCUUCUGUUGCUUAAAGGAUGAACCAGAGCCGAGCCCGCGGCCUCCCAGAAAGGGUUACCGAGAGGAGAAUCGGCGCCCUGGCUGUAGCGCUGGAGCCCCAUGAUGCUGCGUCGCUCCAGAACGAGCCAGUUUUGUUUAGGAGCUGUUUCAGUCAGAACUCUGCACACCAGGCUGGCGGACCUGGGAGAGCAGCGGGUUUGGCUGGAAGUUGGAGAUGAAUGGUGUUUGUCAAGGUAUGAUUCUGCGCCCUCAGGAGUUGGAGCUGACGAGGGCUGGGCAUUUUUUUUUUUUUUUUUCCCUGCUUUAGGUUUUGUGGCUACUAGGAGGACCCAAGGCCUGUAGUAAGCAGAACUGAACAUCAGAAAGCCAAUGUUCAAGACAGGUUUUUUUGGACUGUGUGGAACAGGGGACAACAGACCUUCAGGGGUGGAGGACUAGAAUUUGUGGAUUACGUGAGAUGAGACUGAGGGCCUUCCUUUGCUGGGGUCCAUAGGAAGACUAUGCUAGAGAAUUCUCAGGCGACUUCAUUUCAGCCUGGCGGCCCUCUGAAGCUAAGAGACCAAGAUGAAGGGGCUGGGUUUGGGGACUGUCGAUAACAAGAGUUCCUGCUGGAUUUAUCAUCUCAGACUCCAAAAAGUAAAUACCAGAACUCAUCUUCGCAGGUUAUUCACCUACCUACUUUGUUUACUCGUGAAUGUCAGUUGUUCAAAUGCAGCACUCCAACACGGCUAUACUUUAUGGAAAUGUCCAUAACUGUGGCAUGUCUGAUGGAAUAAAUCACAUUCUCAGUCUC